GAAUCGACUUGAUAAAAGUCUUUUCAUCGGGUUGAAGCGGACCUCACUCGUCUGCUCGUCGCCAGACAUAUUCUCUCGUCCUCAUUGUUUUUUUUUAUCCACACAUUCAUCCUCUUUGUUCGAUAAUGGCCGCCUACAAGCUGGUGCUCAUUCGCCACGGUGAGAGCAACUGGAACCAGGAGAAUCGGUUCUGCGGCUGGUUCGAUGCUGAUUUGAGCGAGACGGGGGAGAAGGAGGCGAGGAGAGGUGGACAGGCCCUGAAGGACGCAAGCUUCGAGUUCGACAUCUGCUACACCUCGGUGCUGAAGAGGGCCAUCCGAACGCUGUGGUUGGUCCUGGACGCCAUCGACCAAAUGUGGUUGCCCGUGCGCCGCACUUGGCGCCUCAACGAGCGCCAUUACGGCGGCCUGACGGGCCUCAACAAAGCCGAGACGGCCGCCAAGCACGGCGAGGCCCAGGUGAAGAUCUGGAGGCGCUCCUUUGACGUGCCCCCACCCCCUAUGGGCCCCGAGCACGACUUCGACGCCGUCAUCAGCAAGGAUCGGCGCUACGCAGACCUGACCAAGGAGCAGCUUCCCACCUGCGAGAGCCUCAAGGACACCAUCGCACGAGCGCUGCCCUUUUGGAACGAGGAGAUCGCUCCGCAGAUCAAACAGGGGAAGCGAGUGCUCAUCGCCGCGCAUGGAAACAGCUUGAGGGGCAUCGUGAAGCAUCUGGAGGGAAUGUCGGACGCAGCCAUCAUGGAGCUCAACCUGCCCACCGGCAUCCCCAUUCUGUACGAGCUGGACAAGAACCUGAAGCCCGUGAAGCCGAUGCAGUUCCUGGGAGACGAGGAGACCGUGCGCAAAGCCAUGGAGGCCGUGGCCGCUCAGGGCAAGGCUAAGAAGUAAAAAAAACAAAAUAUUUUUUUAAAUUAAUUAAUUAAUUUGAAAAAAAAUCACUUGAAUCACAAAUAAUAAGUCUAUCUAAUGUCAGUAAUCAUUGUGUGCUUAGUUGGAACACUGUAACUUGCCUGUGCUGGGGAAUUAAGUCAAUACAAGGUAGUAAAGACAAUAAAUAAGAGGCUCAUUAACAUAAAAAAAACUUUAAAGUAUUCUUCAUCUGUGCACUUGAUUAUUUAAUAAAUGAUGAAUUCAUUAGAUGUUUGAAGCCUCAUACAAUUGUGUGUUUUAAAUUGUAAUCCAUAAAUGAUGUUUGAAUGGAUUUUGAUUCUGACGUUGACAUCAUGAUGGCCCCAUUAGUAUGCAAAAUGGAUAAUAUAAUGCAGAAGCUGAAGUCUACAUUGAGAAUGGACUUUUCUGUCCAGCAUAUUCAGAGACCAAUGCAAAAUGAUCAGUUGCUCAGAUUGGGCUAUUUAUAAUGCAUAUAUAUUUGAGUAAAAUGAACAAAUUUGGUGUAUUCUCCAGUAUAAACUACUGACAACAUCACUCCCAAAUUCAAAUUACAAGUAUUGUCAUUGAAAGCAUUUAUUUUCAGAACUUGUGGUCAAAAUACCAAACAGGGUCCCGUACUUUUGGUUAUAUAUUUUUUUUUCAAAAGCUGUUUGUCAAUUAGAAAUAAUAUAAAUGGAAAGAGUUGACAAUUGUUUGUAUUGUAUCGAUAACAAUACCAUUCCGCAGUGAACCUAACGUAUGUUUUAAGAAUGUGUUUCUGAAGUGUUAAAUAAAUUGUACAAAGUUA